UCACAUACUUCACAUUCGACUGUAGAGAUGCUUACACAUUUUUUAAAUAAAAAAGAUACCCAAUGAAGAAAGUGAGAACACCAAUGCUUAUAAUGGUAUAAAAUAUAAUGUUCGCUGCAUAAGCUUUCAAUCGUGUGCCCCCUAGUUAAGUAGCGAAAAUCUCAAAACUUCGAUUUAUCACUGUGUGUAAUUUGCAUGUACUGAAGGAAGCAGAAAGACUCCUUUCUUCUUGUGGUGCUUAAAACUAAUUUGUUCAGUAUUUCAUUGGCGAACCAUAAAAAGUGAUAAGAACUUUAAAUCUAUAGCCACAACAAUGUCUAGCAAAAUUGAAGAAGCUCAGGAACACAUUCGUCAGGCUGAAAAAUGCUUAAAAACAUCACUGCUAAAAUGGAGGCCUGAUUUUGAUGUGGCAGCUGACGAAUAUAAUAAAGCUGCAAUUUGUUUCCGGAAUGCAAAAGCUCUGGACCAGUGCAAGGAAUGUUUACUGAAAUCGUCCGACUGUCAUAAGCAGAAUCGUGCUAUCUUCCAUGCGGCUAAGUGUCUGGACCAGGUGAUCCUAAUCUGCAAGGAUAUGAACAACUUGGCGGAGGUUCGCAAGUACGCGGAGAAAGCUUGCCAUCUCUACCAGCAGCAUGGAUCGCCCGAGUCUGGAGCUUCGACGCUGGACAAAGCGGCAAAGAUACUAGAACCCACGCAUCCCGAAGAUGCACUGCAGUUGUACAGGCAAGCUGUGGAUGUGGCUACGAUUGAAGAUUCGACAAGACAGGGUGCCGAGUAUGCUAGCAAGGUUGCCCGUAUCAUGGUGAAACUAGGAAUGUACGAUCAAGCAGCGGAUGCCAUUCGACGUGAAAUUGGUUUGCAUCAGCAAGUUGGAUCGGAGGCGGCUAUCGGUCGGCUGGCAGUUGUGCUGGUACUGGUUCAACUUGCUCGAGGCGAUUAUGUUGCCGCCGAGAAGGCAUUCAAGGAAUGGGGUAACUGUUGCGAUGUAGCUGAGGUACAAACGUUGGAAUCAUUGCUUCAGGCGUAUGACGAUGAAGAUCCCGAGUUGGCAGCCCGUGCUUUGGCUUCACCAUUUAUCCGACAUAUGGAUAUUGAGUAUGCACGAUUAGCUCGAGAUUUACCGCUACCGAAGGGCGUUGCCAUUGCGCCUAAAGCAAACGUUAUUGAAAAUGCUGCUGCCUCAUACAUUUCACCCAAUAGCGGAGGCUUCGCUGAGGGAGGUAAGGCAGACACUGGGAUUGGACUCGAUGACGAAGAUGAAGGUGGACUGUGUUAGUUUGUGUUUUCAGUCCAGGAUGAACGAGUUUUAUUGUGUGAGAGAUGCGAAGGUACUAUUAUUGUUUGUAUCGAUAGGUAUAUUUAUCUUGAAGUAUAUAGAUUUAACUUUCCAGAGCUCUUGGUAUGUAUAAACGCAUUUUGUUAAGACUUUUAAGUUAAGAUAAGAUAAAAAUAAACUCUGUCACAAUUAACUUUCAGCAGAAAGCUUUAUCAAAUGCUUCUAGUCCUGAUGUACAGUCUUAGAUUAAGCGUUUUCACUACAUGAUAUGAAUUAUUGAUUGAAUCUUAUAAAAAAAUAUUGCCGCCAGCAUUUUAGAAGACCUGCAAAAACACGUGCUAACAAUUUCAAAUACUAGAAAAAAGAUACAUCUGUAUAUGUAGAACACUUUGCACAUGUUGCACAUGUAACAUGUUUUUUGUACAAUGAAAAUUCGUACCGCCGUAUAAAGCUUUGUAAAUGGAAAAAAAAAUCUCGGAGAAAAAUUUAAAUGCGCAAAAGAUAGAAAACUUGUUUAAGUAAAGAGUACGACCAUUAUCCUGAGCCCAAAAAUAUUUUUCUUGGUAUAUUAUCCAAAAGCAAUGUUUUAUGACACCUUCAACAACUAGGGUGAAAUUACUGGAUAGAAAGGAAUCAAUCUGCUGAAAUUUAAUUGAAAAUAAUUCACUUGAAUCAAAGGUAGCUGAAUUCUUUAUUUUGAAAUUGACUUAAGCCAUUUUGUUUUAUCUAUCUAGCUUUGUAUCAACAAAACUACCAAGGUAUAAUUAGUUUAGGAUAAACUUGUAGGUCUCCUACUUCGAAACGAUUUUAUUUAGUGAAGGGAUAUUUUAUGACCUUAAGCACUGUUCAUUUGCUAUUUCUUUCGUUUUGCGAAUAAAAUGUUUUAUUUUUUUCACCAGUCGACUACAGAUAUUCGAUAUAGUUUACUGUUAGGCCAGUGAUCGUGUAAUGUUUUUUUUAAUAUACCUUACUCACAGCUGCGAUGAGAAAUUCUCACGCCUGCGUUAGUCGCAUAAGUUAGAACAAAAAAAAAUUGAAAAUAUGCAAGCGUAAAAAAGUUGGUUCCAUUUCAACUGCAUUUUUCCAGAUGGCCUUAAGUUAAAAUCAUGUUUUGAUAACAUAACCGCUUUCAACUGUAGAUAAAAGGGUGUGAACAGAUUCCUCGACAGUGCACGUUAUUGAGCAAAACGCGAUCCCAAACCAUUUCCCUAUUCGAUUACUUGCAUGAGAAGUUAUAUAAGAAAAUGUUUGAAAAUUUUGAAGCCAAGCUGUUUUCUCGACAAGUCAAUACCAGUUUUAUUCAAAUAACUGUUUUUCGUAAACGAUGCCGGCAUUCUCACUCGCAUAACAACCUUCAAUCAUUUAUUUCACCUUAUCGUGAAUGGCAGUAGACAGCCUUCAACUGACUAAAUGAAUAUUAAAAAAACUGUCUAAAAUCCCCUUCUAUUAAAGUUAAUAUAAUAACUGCUAGAUAACAGUAACGGUAUAGUAUACAUACAGAUAUCAGGAGGAUGUGCAGAUUAUAAGAUUUGGCUUGAAGCAUGUUCAAGGAGUGGUUAAACACAUUAACGAAACACGUACGUACUACUAAAGAAUAUUAAACCAUGUUGACGCAUUCAAUUGUAAUGAAAAUAAAUUUGAUGAAACAUA